AGGAUCAGGAUGAUUGACGAGGGAAAGUUUCACAAACAUUUCUGAAGAAAACCACCCGUCACACCUGGUUAUUUCACAAUCCACACCAGCAUCUGUGUCUCCUAUAUAAAGGCAGCAGACUGUGAGUUAGAACAGCAGCAUUCAUCCACCAGGUGACUUCAUCCAGCCAACCACUGUCUGCAGAUACGAAGACAAAAUGUCCCAGUACAUCACUGACCUCCAAGUGUCUCUGGAUGAGACUGAGGAGAAUCAACUCCGUGCUCAAGGCUUCAUCAAAUCUGAUGUAGAUCUGAACAAAGGAGCUGGAGGAAAACACACCUACCUCUGGUACAAGACAGGUAGCUGUGGAGCCAUCACCAGGAUCCAGUUUUCCUUCACCGAUGCUAUGAGUGAGGGCCUGAGCAGGGCAGGGUACCACAAGAUCCCCAAAAACCUCAAUGCUGGAGCAGGAGGAGACUGCAUCUAUCUGUCGUUCUUCAAGGGUUCUUCAGAGUACCAUGUUCCCAUCGUGGACCUUGGAGGCUCUUAUGACGAUGAAUCCCAAGACCGAGACGUCUCUACAGUCAAUGUAGCCCAGAAAUCUCACUGUACGACCCUGUCCUGUGAUCUGAACCAGGACGCUGGAGGACAUCAUCUCAUCGUGUGUGUGAUAACCCCGCGGCCAACCUACAUCUGUGACAUCGUCGCCACCGUCAACAACGAGGGAGACAAGUACUACUUGUACAACGAUUACAUCCGUGUUGGUGUAAACACCAACAAAGGAGCAGGAGGGGACUCCAUCUACAUCUGGUACCGUAAGACCACGAGGCCUGAGGAGGCCAUCAAAGACCUGCAGGUCUCCACCAAUGACCACGAGUAUGACGAGUUUAUGUCCCAGGGCUAUAAGCUGGUGAACAUCAAUCUGAACAAGGGGACCGGAGGAAACAAUGUGCUUCUGUGGUACAAGAAAGAUGGCAGCAGCCGCCUCAUCAAAGACGUCUCUGUGAUUGCCUUCGACAAUACUGAUUAUAAAUGUAGGAACAAGCCUGUUGAAGUCAUCCAAAAAAACCUCAACGCAGGAAACUGCUGUGCACCUGAGCUGUUCCUGUGUUACUACUACUGAUGUCACCAUGGCGACAGAGCUGAGCAUGCUCACUGAGCAGAAACAAAAGAAUCCAAAAUAUUUCUGUUGAAUCUCUUUAAGUUUUCUCCUGUGAUGAAACCAUGAAAUGUGUUAAAUCACUGUGAUCUCAGAAGUUUUAUUCCUCAAACAUGUAGAAUCAGUCAACCUGUGUGUUCUUCAUUGAUUCUGUUUCUCUUCAGUCUGACUUUCUCUGAUUCAAUAAAGUCUCAUCUGCAUCUCAAA